GCAUAGCCAAGUUGGCCACUAUCCAACAUCGAUGUGUGAUGGGGCAAUCUGUCUCGCAUUUCUUCUCUCUUCGGAAGAAGAAACAAAAAGAUUGGGCGUUUCCAGAAGAACUAUGCCGUCGUUUUACAUAUGCCGAGAUCAGUGCAGCAACUCAAUGUUUCGACGAGAGCUUAUACGUUGGCGGCAUUGGCUUUGGCCCAGUAUACAAGGGGCGUAUUGAGGUCGAUGGGGAUGAGGACAGGAAAGACGUUGCAAUCAAGCGCAUUUCCAGAGGUUCAGAACAAGGAAUGCGUGAGUUCAGGGCGGAGGUACAGCUACUGUGCCAGCUGCGCCACCCCAACCUCAUCUCUCUCAUCGGAUUCUGCCAAGAAAAUGGAGAGUGUAUGAUUGUCUACGACUACAUGCCCAACGGUGAACUCUCUGAUUACCUGUUUGAUCCUUUCAAUAUUAAAAAUAAAGAUCCCUUUCCCUUGACUUGGAAGCAAAGGCUGAAAAUUUGUAUUGGGGUGGCGUGCGUAAUACACUACCUCCACGCAGGGGUUAAGCAUGCUGUCAUCCAUCGAGACGUGAAAUGCUCCAACGUUCUAUUGGACCAAAACUUGGUGCCCAAGCUUUCUGACUUCGGGUUGUCCAAGAUGGGUCCUCCUGCCUUAUCAAAUGCAUUAAUCAAAUUAAACUCGCGGGUGUCUGGUACAUUCGGGUAUCUUGAUCCAGAGUAUGCAUUGUCCGGGCAACUUACCGAAAAAUCUGAUGUCUUUUCAUUUGGAAUGGUGUUAUUUGAAGUGUUGUUUGCCAAAUCUGGUUCAAGAGAGAUACCUGAAUGUGUGGAAAGGGGUGAGACUUUCCCUGCUAUGAUUGAUCCAUUUCUGGUGGGAAAAGUAGCUCCAGAUUGUUUGAGAAAAUUUAUGAACAUCGCCGAGAGAUGUGUGCGCCCUACAGGAGCUGAACGGCCCACGAUGGGUGAAGUGCAGGUGGAACUUGAGUGCGCACUGGAGUUGCAGGAGAGGGCUGACGCCGUCAAGCAGCUCAAUGAGUUGGGGACAACUGCAAGCAGUUCUCUUGCUCCUCCUCCUGCCCAUGACAUGGAGGACUAUUCCUACCAAGAUAUAUCAUUUUCUGAGAUCAACGAAAAUUUACCCCAUAUGUAUUUGCGGGAGUGGCCGUGGGAUUUAUUUACUGAUCCGGCAUGUUAUGCUGAUGGUAUUGCUAGAGUUGAUCCUAACAGGGAAGUAAUAACUCAGAAGAAAUAUUGUGAUAUGCAAUAAUAUUACUCUUGAAAGAAUUAAACUUUGGUUAUAUCUAUCCGAGGAACACUACCGAUUCUUUGGUUUAAUUCCCCUCUAUGCAAAUUAAAGGUCAGAGAUUCUAGCUUUGAUGGCCUCAAUCUCAGACUCAAUUUCAUUUAGGUUUGAAGCUCGGUUGAAAAAACAAGCGUUCCUUUUUAGCGGAUUGGAAAGUGGUGUUGCACUAGUGGUGGUAAAAGACCCAAUGACAUCCUCGGCAUCAUAAGCAACUUCUCAAAUCUCGGAAACCCAAUUUCGAAGGCUAUCAUCUUCGUCUUGCCUCUUAUCGGCAUCUUUCAAGAAGCAUUGCAUCCGCCUUAGUUCGACGGGGAUCUGCUCAACGUUUUGCUUGACCCCAUGUAACAAGGUGGCUUUCUCAAUCAGCAGGUCCCCAAGUCUUUCAACAACAAAUGAUACCACAAACUUCUCCAUGCUUUGUGCUUGCUAGCUACGUCCUGAUCGUCAAAAUUACAGCAUUACAAAGGUUAAUUUACACAAAAAAAGAAGAAGAAAAAAGUCUCAUUCAGUAGGUAAUUAUUGGCAAGUUUCUCUCCUCUUGUUGGGAAGGUGGUGAUGGUCCAAUAUGGCGUGCGUGAUUGGAAAUAUUUUGAUGUGAAUGUGGAGCUUUCAUAUCAUCACAUAAAUAUAUAAUGUCCACACAACCGUUCGACUAUUUCCAGUUCAGAGUACAUUGAUAUGUAAUACAUAUGGGUUAGGAUUGAUGCACACCCAUUUUUUAACACCCAUUUUCACAAACACU